AUGGCUGUACCACCAAACUACGCAGACCUGGGCAAGGCAGCCCGUGAUGUUUUUAAUAAAGGCUAUGGGUUCGGUCUUGUGAAGUUGGAGCUGAAGACAAAGUCCUCCAGUGGGGUUGAGUUUACCAGCAGUGGCUCUUCAAACACUGACACAGGGAAGGCUUCCGGUAACUUGGAGACCAAGUACAAGGUACCAGAUGCAGGAAUCACCUUUACCCAGAAGUGGAACACAGACAACACCCUGGGGACUGAAGUGUCCCUGGAAGACAAGUUGGCUAAAGGUCUGAAGCUUGCACUGGACACUACGUUUGUACCCAAUACUGGCAAGAAGAGUGCUAAGUUGAAGACCUCCUAUAAGAGAGACUAUGCAAAUCUGGGAGUUGAUGUUGACCUGGACCUGGCUGGUCCUACCAUCACUGGCUGGGGAGUCCUGGGUUACCAAGGAUGGCUGGCUGGCUAUCAGAUGUCCUUCGACACUGCCAAAUCCAGAUUGGCACAGAAUAAUUUUGCCCUGGGCUACAUGGCAGGAGACUUCCAACUGCAUACAAACGUGAAUGACGGCACUGAGUUUGGAGGAUCUAUCUAUCAGAAGGUCAAUAAGGAUGUGGAGACCUCUGUGAGCCUGGCAUGGGAGUGCAGGUAGCAACAACACACGCUUUGGCAUUGGAGCCAAGUACCAGCUGGAUUCAAACACCACCCUCUCUGCCAAAGUUAACAAUGCCAGUUUGAUUGGAGUGGGCUACACACAGAGCUUGCGGCCUGGUGUGAAGCUGACUGUCUCUGCUCUGAUUAACGGGAAGAACUUUAGUUCCGGAGGUCACAAGGUGGGCUUGGGCUUUGAGCUGGAAGCAUAA